CUCGCCAUAAACUGAUGUAUCAACUGGUUGUAUGCUGGCGUAUAUACUGCAGAGUGAUGAGUGGGCCACAAGCACACCACCAUGUCUGACACGAGUCUUUCUCCAGCUGACACAACUUCGUAUGGCAGCGAGGACAGCGAGGACAGCGAGAACAGCGAGAACAGCGACGACAGCAACGACAGCGACGACGAGGACAUCGACAGCGAGUGCAUGUGGCCCGAGGAGGAGUGGGAGGAGAGCCAGUGGGUCUCGGCCAGGGAGGAGGGGGAGUCGAGCGAUGAGGAGUGGGAGGAUGCGGGGGAGGGGGAUGAGGAAGAGGCGGAGGGCACCUCGAGCGGAAGCAGCGAGAGCAGUGAUAGCACUGCGGGGGAGGAGUGGGAUCGAACGGACGAUUCGAGUGAUGAGGGGAGCUAUGGGGUUGUCAGAGACGAAGAGAGUGAGGAGGAGGAGAGCGACGAUGAGUCGUGACUGAUUUGUAAAGCAUGCUUGCAAUGUACAAUACGCCUGCACACGUGAGGUACGCCUGGGUUCUCCUCGAGUCGCGGAUGCGCCCCGUUUUCGUGUCCCGGAUUGCUGGGCGUUGUACUUAUGUCAGUGCAGCCCUGUCGCGGAAACGUAACUGAGGAGCGGUACAUCGCAAUUUCCUGCCACCCCUAUCCCUAGACCUCCCGUCUCUAGCUUGGCGGCGG